AUGCUAAACCGCUUCGUCUCCGCCGUUAUCAACGCCCCUAACAACAUCCGAUACCUCAAAAGCGAGGUCGAGAAUUUCACAGGAAUCGUCUCCGUCCUGCAGGCGAAAACAACCGCGCAGGCUCCCCCUAACCCCCUGAAAGUCACCCCCGGGAACUACUUUUCAGCUGCCCUCGACUCUGCCCGCCAGAAGCUCUCCGACCUGUACAGGGAGCUGGAUCGCGUUGCCUCACAUGGCAGCAGGCUGUGGGAAGGCAUAAAAUACGCAUACAAGGAACAGACCUUUAGCACGCUGCUGCUGCAGCUGAUGAAUCAUAAGGCAACGCUGCAGCUUUUAGUGAGCCUGACGUCCACAGAGUCUUCGGAGGAGAGGUGUAUGAUUAUGAGGAGGUUUACAAGAGACUCUGCGGUGACGGACUGCGAGAGCUAUGUCGCCGCACCGACAAACGUUUCCAGUUUGACCCUGACCAACGCCGGCGGUAACCCACAUGCCACACGCAGCAGCGCCUUUGCACACGAAACAUCAACGCGGAGUGUUAGCGGCAAACCGGCCCCGAACCACAAUCCGACAGCAUCAGCGCCCGUCAUUGUCACGGCUAGCCCCAACGUCGUGCCCUCGGUAGCAAUAUAUCCCAUGCCGGCUCCCCCCGCAUUCACCGCGCCGAAAUAUUCGCUACAUGAAGCUGUCGGAAAGAGAGAUAAGAGGAUGGUGUACUAUUUUCUCCAGCUCGGCCAUGACGUAAAUCAGGACCACCCAGAGCUGGAGACGCCGCUGGCAUACGCGGUAUGGCUGGGGGAGGCGCAGAUAGUAACCUAUUUAUUGCUAUUUGGCGCAAAUGUGAACGUCAAGAACAGGCUUGGGAGGAGUCUCCUCCACGGCGCCGUAGUCACCGGCGACGAAGUGAUCCUCCACGACCUGCUGAAAAGGCAGACGCCGGUCAAUGAAGCCGACAUGUUCGGCGACACAGCGCUGCACAUUGCGACGUAUUUUGCGAGGACGAAGAUGGUUGACCUGUUGAUACAGUGGGGGGCGGAUGUGGAGCGCAAGAAUGGGCGGGGGCUGGCGCCGGGGAUUUCGCCGUGGCGCGUGUUGAAGCUGAGGAGGAGAGUGACGCGCCGAAACAUCAACCUCCUCCGCCAGAACCUCGACGCGCUCACCUCCCUCCUGUCGCCGGCGCAGGACAGAGUAGCCAUUACCAGGGACGACCGCAAGGCCGCGCUGCACACGGUCAAGGUGACAGCCGAGGCGGGAGCAAAGGUCGCCGAGGCCGUGCAUGUGCAAGCGCUGACGCACCACCACCACCACACCACGUCGAGCGAGCCAGAAGUGGAGGAGACACUGAUAACAGCGAGGGAUGGUGCUGCCGCGGCGGGGGCGGAGAGGAGGAGAGCUGGGCCGGUGAAGGUGGAGAGGGUGGGUGGAGAGGCUGAUGGGGCGGUGGCGGGGACGGGGAGAAAGAUGGUGGAGGCGCAUAGGGUGAUUGGAGGGGUGGUCGGAAGAGGUCUGCAGUCGGGUACGGGGUGGGGGAAGGGCCGGGUGUGGAUGAAGCCGAGGCGCCGCCCCCCGAGCGUUGACUCUGAUACAUUUUUGGCUGAGUUGAGCUCGGGGUAG